UUUUCGUUGUUGUACUUCCUUUCAAGAAGCAGGCUGGGGAAAACAAGAUCAAGCAACCCAGGCCCCAAGUUAAAGACCGAAAAACAAGUCUAACGUGAAACGAUCAUCACUCUGCUGAUUACAUUUUAUUACUGGAACACUUGAACUACAAAAAGAACCAUGCCUCAGAACGAACACAUUGAGUUGCACCGCAAACGGCACGGUUAUCGCCUGGACCACCAUGAGAGAAAAAGGAAGAAGGAGAGUCGAGAGGCUCACGAGCGCUCACACAAGGCUAGGAAGAUGAUCGGAUUGAAGGCCAAACUCUACCAUAAACAGAGACACUCUGAGAAGAUCCAGAUGAAGAAGACCAUUAAAAUGCAUGAGCAGAGGAAGACAAAGCAGAAGAACGAUGAGAAGACCCCACAGGGUGCAGUGCCCGCCUAUCUGCUGGACCGUGAGGGCCAGUCCCGGGCCAAAGUCCUCUCUAACAUGAUCAAGCAGAAGAGGAAGGAGAAAGCUGGUAAAUGGGAAGUCCCGCUGCCCAAGGUUCGCGCGCAGGGGGAGACGGAGGUCCUCAAAGUCAUCCGCACGGGGAAACGACAGAAGAAGGCCUGGAAGAGGAUGGUUACCAAGGUCUGCUUCGUUGGCGAAGGAUUCACUCGCAAGCCACCCAAAUACGAAAGAUUCAUCAGACCCAUGGGUUUGCGUUUCAAGAAGGCUCAUGUGACCCACCCGGAGCUGAAGGCUACAUUCUGCCUGCCCAUCCUGGGGGUGAAGAAGAACCCGUCGUCCCCGCUCUACACCACCCUGGGCGUGAUCACGAAGGGCACGGUGCUGGAGGUCAAUGUCAGCGAGCUGGGCCUGGUCACACAGGGCGGCAAAGUCAUCUGGGGUAAAUACGCACAAGUGACGAACAACCCAGAAAAUGACGGCUGCAUUAACGCAGUUUUGCUUGUGUGAAAGGACUCUAUGAACUGUGCCAGGAGUGCAGAGACCAGGACUGGGUUUGACAGUGAACAGCAGGACUUCACAAUCACAGCCACACUGUGGAUCACUGCAGUCAGAACAUCUGCAGUUUCACAUGCAGAAUUUCUGAAGCUUUGCUCCAAACAAUAAGGAGUAAAUAAAGGGGUUUUUCAAAA